UCAUUGAUUUGUUCACAAGUUUGUUGUAUACAAAUGACUUCAGAAGAGAUUAUAAAUACCUAUCAGCUGGUAGUAAUAAAAGUUGAUUGAUUAAAAAGGGAUAAUAUCUUUUAAAAUACAAAUACAAAUCAUGAGUUUCAUUUAAUCCAUUUCUAGCUCACACGGUUUGCAGAACAAGAUUUAUUGUGAUAAACCUCAGAAGAGUUACAAAAAUACAUGCUCUGAGACCCUAAAAUAGCCUCUAUUUUAAUAUUUACACUUUAUUAAAAAUAUGCAUUAUGUAUCAAAAAAUCACCCCUCUCCUUUUUUCUUCUCUCCCAGCGCUGCGAUUUUUGUCAUCUUCCUUUCCUCAUGUUAUUUGAUCUCAGAACAAAAGAAAGCUUGUUACCUGUAGAUUGUUGAUUGUGUUCUUCCCCUAUGCAAACCAGUUCACUAUGAUGACACCUCCAGGAGGGUACUAUAAGAACAAAAGAAAGAAAACAUUAAGAUUAACAAGUCUGACUAAUAGCCAUUCUUUAAUUCUAAUUGGCUGAAUAGGACUGUAUAUUCAAUGUUGUUGCCAUAAUUUUUUUCAAACACUCAUCAAAAAAUGACAGGUAAAAAUUACCUGGAUUGCUUAAAAAAUGAAAGAAGAAAUUUACCAUAUGAAAAAAACGUUAAAAAAGCCUAGUGCAUCUGCAAUUAUUCAUCAAGAAAACACAUGGUACAUCUACCCUAUAUAUGUGAUACACUAACCGAAAUAUUAAAUUUCCUUGGCCUUAUUUUGAACGGGAUAAGACCUGAAACAUUGAGGAUUAUGUUAAACAGUAUCAAGACGUUUAAAAGUUCUGAAUUUUACUGAUUAAUUUAAGUUGGAGUUACGACUGAGUUGGGGGAAAUUUAACUUUAUGCAAAACUGCAUGAGGUAGUUUUGUGGAUUAUAUCAAUGAUGUAAAAUUAAAUUUGAUUUAAUAAAAACAGUAUGAAUUAUUAAAUGGAAUAAAAGCUGAAAGAAGCAAAUUGAUUUUUAUGAAACUUUAAAGAAAAAAAAAUUAAAUUACAAUUGCUAUCAAGAAAUCGUGAAGAUUGCAAAAAAAGCCUGUGAACACACAAUACUUUGUGGAGAUACUGAUAUUAUAGAAUUUUUGGUAAUCUUGAAACCAUGAUGUUGUCCUAUUUUUUAUUUUUUGACCAAACAAACCUUUUUAUAACACUGUACUGUUGAAUUUACAGAUAUUUUUUUUAUUUGGGUCAAUUUAAUCCGCCCAUAUUGUCAAUACCCGUAGUAGAAAUUAAAAGUGGAGAAUACAUUUUUUUAAAAUGCGAAGUUGUUGGACAUUUUAACGCAAGUGUCAUGUAUCAGUUCUUCAAAGAUAAUGUUAAUAUAACAUCGUGUCAGUCAACACAAACAUAUUACUUUGUAUCGCAAACAAAGGAUAAGGGAGGAUAUCACUGUGCAGCUAAAAUUAAUAGUACGACGAUAGAUUCAAAUGUAACCCAAGUAAAUGUAAAACUGAAAGUGACUGUGGGAGGUACUUAUCAAAUCGAGGGAGGAGACACAAACAUUACCUGUCAUGUAGGUGGUGGUGAAGCAGUAAAAUCUUUCUCUUGGAAGGUGGAUGGUGAGGCUAUUGAAGAAACAUCAAAUCGGAUUCAGGUGAAGAAUGUGACUCGUCAAAUGGAAGGAAGGGUGUAUGGUUGUUCAGCAACAUCUUUUUCUAACGAGACUACAGAUUUUGAUUUUGCUAAUAUGGUAGUAUAUUUCACAGCUGUUCCAAACUUUAUAUUAUAUGACCCAUUUCCUGAAGAAGAAAGUGGAAGUCUGUUAGUUGGAGACUGUUUUGCAGAUUCAAAUCCAGUAGUGGCAGCCAUCAUCUGGUAUAAAGAUGGACAAGUGAUAAAGGAUCAAACAACAAAUACCCUUAGAGUGAAAUCCUCCAGAACAAAUAGUGGUUAUUAUUCUUGUGGAAAAAGAAGCGCUUAUGCUGGUUUAAAAAAUUCCACAUCCAAGAAAGUAACAUUUGUAUAUAUGGACAGUCCAACCAUAACCUUUGCAGCUGGAAAAUUGUCUCCCGCUAGGGAGGGCGAUGAUAUUCAAAUGAAUUGUUCUGUUAAAGAAUAUUACCCAGGCAUGAACUUGACAUAUCAAUGGCUUAAAUUCAAUCCGGAUUACGGCACUAAUACUGUUCUUAAAAAUAAUGGUACUAUAUUUUUAAUUAGAAGUAGUACUGUGAAAAACAGUGGUAAAUAUUCCUGUAAAGUUGUUGGUCAAGCAAAAGGAAAAGUAAUUGUGAAGAAAACACAUCAAGAAGUUUUAGUUUAUGCAAAAUCUGAUGCUCCACUGCUGUCAACAACAAAAUCAAACCUCAACAGUGGAGAGACUUUUACGUUAACUUGUGUGAAAAGCUCAAACGCUAAUGGAACUGUACUUUAUCAGUUCUUUAAAGAUGGAAGAAAUAUCACAACACUACAAACAGAUCAUAAGCUUACGGCUGUGAAUAUAAAAACAAAGGAAAGUGGUGCCUAUAGAUGCUCAGAAAACAUGAAGAAUAGUUUAAAGUUUUCUAACACAAUUGAAAUUAAUGUUCAGUUGCAUGUACGUGUGUUGCUUUAUAGUACAAAGGAAUGGUCAAAUGUAAAUAUAUCGUGUUUCAUAUAUGGUGGUGAAAAUGUUAGUUCAGUAACUUGGAAAAGAGAUGGUCAAGUUCUACCAGAAUCAAAGACGUAUGUAACUUUAAAGAACAUUUCACGAGCUAUGCAGGGGCAGAAUUACAGCUGUAGUGCUACGACUUUGUCUGGCAAGAACAGCAAAGAAAGCUCAUCUUUGUUGACGAUGUACUGGUUUGAUCAACCAAAAGCUGUACUUAAAAGUGAUUUGUAUCUUAAAGAAGGAGCGACACUGCAUUUGCGAUGUGAGUCAGAUAUGUAUCCAAAUGAUUUUGUCACGUAUACGUGGUACAAGGAUGGAAUGGUGAUUCGGAAUGCAUCCAAGGUGUAUCUUCGCCAGAAAAACGUUAUGAAGAAAGAUGGUGGGAACUAUUCGUGUGGUAUAUUGCAUCCUUUCACCAAUGGUGAUAAGAAUUCCACAUUGCAGGAAGUAAACAUCAUUUAUAUGUAUUCACCAUCAAUAAACAUCACACAGAAACCACCUUUCAAAGCAGGAAGCAAUAUCGAACUUAAUUGCGGUGUAAUGGAUUAUUUUCCUGACUUAAACAUCACAUACCGCUGGCUGGUCCCAAAUAAAUUUAAUAGCCAAACCCUAAUUGGUGAGGAAAAGAAGCUCGUUUUAAAAGAUAUUUCAAAAGACAACACUGCUAGAUACAUAUGUCAAGCAACUGGACGAUUUAAUGGGUCUGUUAUUCCAAAAGAAAGUUCACUACAUAUUGAAGUUUCUUACAAAGCAGAAGGUGUGAUGUUUUCACCACGAAAUUCGACACAAAAAUACAAAAUUGGAGUAUCACUUAGCGUAAAAUGUUCUCUUUCUGACUAUGGCAUCCCACCCUCAACAUUAUAUUGGUAUCGAAAUAAAAGACCCAUUACUGUUAAUACUGAGGGAAAUUCCCUUUAUCUGAAUAUCUCAUCGGUAAAAGCCAAGGACACAGGAAAUUAUACUUGUGAGGCAACCAAUAAUGUUGGAAAUAUAUCAAAGGUUUUGACGAUAUUUGUUAUGGAAACACCAGGAAGGCCACAAAUGUUGCAACUUGUCUCUAAAACAUCACAUUCCAUCCAAGUAAGGUGGAAAGCACCAGUAACAGAUGGUUACAGCCCAAUAACAAGCUACAAAGUUUAUCACAAAGAGAAUUCAACAACGAGUUUCAUUAAAAACACUGUGAAUGAUAGUUUAAAGUUUAACAUUACUAAUCUGAAACCAGGAAUGUUUUAUGAUGUAAAAGUUCAAGCUGGAAACAGCAUUGGUUUUGGUCAAGAAACAGCUGUCGUUACUCUUACGACGAAUGAAACAGCACCAGAACCAGUGAACAACAUAUCCAUUAUUACUUCACAACAACAUAUUAUAGUGAGGUUUUCUUCAUCUCAGAGUAUCAAUGGCAUACUCAAAGGAUAUACUGUAUUUUAUCGACGUUUAUCCUCAAACAAAUUACUGCAAGCAGCAUUCAUUUCUCAGCCGCCGAUUUCAGAUGUAAACAUAACUGGACUCGAGCUGUAUACAGAAUACGAAGUCUUAGUUAUGGUCUCGAAUACUUUGUUUAAUACGACAUCGAACAAAACGGUUAGAACUCUGGGAACAGCUCCCAAACCCCUUGACAAAGAACUUCCAAAACCUUCUGAAGAUGAAAGAAAGGAAACGUCGUUUGCUAUCAAUAUCGUCCUGUUUGAAAAAACGGUUGGUGAAAUUGCCCAUUAUGACGUCAUAGUCUUUAAAAAGACUGCCACCAUGAAGAAAUCUCCGAAUGAGUAUAGGAACGACGAAAUAACAUUUAAUGUGGUGGGACGCUUGUACAAUCCGAAAGAUAAUGAGUUAUUUGUUGUUGGUGACAGUAACACUGGAAAUAGAAUAAAAAGACAGCUUGGUGCACCAAAGAAUCCUCCACUUGAAAAAAAUACGGAAUAUGUGGUAUUCGUGAGAGCCUAUGUGUCUGAAGCUGUUUACCAGAGCUCACCCUGGUAUCCGUCUGUUACAACAAAAGGUGGUGAUGAUGACGAUGAUGACAGUAAAAGUAAGAUUUUUGUAGACGAAGAUUGUCGUUGUGAUAGUGGUGUGUAUACUGCUGGCGAUCGUCAUUCUUGGAGUUGUUCUGUUUUAUUUCUACCGAGAUCGGAUUAAGCGUAACAAUAAUAUUAACAUUUCAAGGGGAUCAAAGAAAAAAUACAAAUCUGAGCAGGGUGAAGAAAUAAAAAUGAAUCCAGCUACAUCAUAAUUUGGGACUUGUUUUUAAAUGUUUUUAGAACUGCUACUAUCGUUCGUUUAUAUACGAAGUACAUCACGAAACCACAAUAUAUUACGGUCAGUACGUCCGGCGUGCGACGCUCUGUAACCGGCUAGUACGUGAUCACCAGGUUUCCAGCUAGUACGUGAUAAUCAGGUUUCGUUUUUUUCGAAUAACCUAUCAACAGUUUGGUAUCGCUUGGUUUAUUUAAGAAAGCGUCUAAAAUUCUAGGUUUUAACUAGUUUCACGGCUGUGCGAGUAUCAAUUAUUGACUGGUGGGUUUUGUUGCUUCGAUUUUCUUUUUUGUGUUUAGUUCAGUUAUUAUAGAGUAUAAAAGUUAUAAUUUAUUCGGCGAAAACUCACAUAAGAAAAAUAUGGGGCCAGCUUUUUUAAAUCAAUCAAUCGGGGGGAUAUGAAGAUACAUGGAGAGGUGGAAGUGUAGAUAGCACAGUGAUGCGUCAUGGGUCAAUCCCAUUUGACUGCAAUUUCCGCUAUACGCAAAAAGCUCCCAAGCUUUUGUGUGAGCGCUUGCAUACUUAGAAAACAUAUCUAUUUUUUUCAAAGUGCGCACGCGCUAACAGCGCGUCAGGUUUUUGCGCUUUAGCAAGAAUUGCAGUCAAAUGGAAACAAACCCUUAUAUACCCUCCUCUACCAGUGUACCAGGAUGAGGGAGAUUUUUUUAGGGUUCCCACUCCGAAAUUUUAAAAAAAAUCCUAAAAAAUAAAAUUCUAAAUGAUCCUAAAAAAUCCUAAAAUUUCCUGAUUUUUAGUGAACAAUCUUCUUAAAAUGGAUUUUUAUUUCUGGAAUAUAAAUCCAACAUAUUUAUAUUCUGCCUCAGCUAAUGCGGAAAUAAAAUCUGAUCAAUUAAAUUUGUCUCCCUUAUUCAGUUUGACGUCCUUGAUUCUUGUAAUUCUAAGUUCAGUUUUACGAAUUAAACUUAUCCUAAAAUCUCCCAAAUUUUUGUAUAUGCUUUCACCGCUGAUCGCAAACACCUCCCAAAACAACAGCCUCCUAAUCCAAACCUCCCAAAUCGUCCUAAAUAGUGGCCUGAUCUCGGUUUAAUUUUUGUGGUAUUAUGGUCUGCCUUUCCCCUUACUAAAAACUGAUAUCUAAUCUACGCUUUGCUUUUCAAGUGUGAAAAAGGCAAUAGGUGCUAAUUAUAUUAAGUACUACGCAUGCUUGAUCUUAUAUUUUUUUAGAGUGAUGUAUGUUUAACGUUUCUUCGGGAUAACAUUUUAUAAUUAUUGAUUUAGUAUUAGAAUCACAUAUUACUUUUCUCAUAUUUUGCACAAAAUUUGUAUUUAUUAACGAAUAAAUUUGCUAUUGGGUAUUAAAUGUACAUAAAGGGUAUAUUAGAACUCACUGUUGAAGA